AUGUGCCUGACUGCAACCUCCAUCCAAAACAAGGUCGAGGAAGUGUAUUCGUUGAUCAAGUUCUUAUGUAUCAAUUGGGAGGAAUUUCAUAAAGAGAUUAUUACACCGAUGAAGAAAGGUUUUCACGAAAAGGAAGCACCAGCUCGAUUCAACAAGUUUGUGAAAGCGAAUAACGUGAUGAAUAAGUAUGCUGUGGUGCUGGUCCUCUUACUCCGUCUUCGUCAAGCAUGUCUGCAUCCUUCUCUUACAUUAGAACCAUAUCCCGGCGAAGAAGAACAGUCAAAUGCCACCAGGGUAAAAAUUGCAGAAUCCAUGCCAACCUCUGCAGUGAAUCGUCUCUUGCGUGAAAAUACCGAUUUUAGCGACAUCAUCAACAUUUAUCAAUAUGGCGGAUGGGCUUACGAAAAGCUGCCCACAAUGUCGAGGCGAUUCGGAUAUGAAGGGGUGACAUCUCUUGAGGCUUUUCUCAAGAUGCAUGCGCCCGAUUUGCACCACACGUUUAUCGAGAGCGCUGAAGAAUUGGAAGAAAACCAUGAGACGACUGAUCGCGCGAAAAAGUUCGUGUCAAGUGCCAAGAUAAACAAGCUUCUGGAGAUUCUCAAAGAUACUCAUGAGACCAUGGAUGGAAAAGAUAAAACGAUUGUGUUUUCUCAGUUUGUGAAGAUGCUGGAUAUCGUGGGAGACGCGUUGGAACAAAAAGGUUACAAAUUUGUUCGCUAUGAUGGUUCGAUGAAUGUCAAACAGCGUGACGCGGCCUUGACUUCCUUCUUUGAGAAGCCGGAAGUGACGGUACUUCUGGUGUCAACGAAAUGUGGUUCGUUGGGGUUGAAUUUGACGGCGGCCAACCGAGUCGUGAUAAUGGAUAAUUGGUGGAAUCCGUCGUUGGAAAACCAAGCCAUGAUCGUGUGCAUCGUAUCGGACAGACCAAACCUGUGCUAUUCACUCGGUUAA